AUGACGCCAUGGCGACUCGGCUCUGCCUCCGAGCCGAUGCAUACAGACUUCUUAAACGCAUCGAAUUUGCGUGAAUUCAUUUCGGGAUUAUCAUCCACUUUCUUUUGUCGUCAGCCUCUGGCUGGUCGCUAUCGCGUCUCCAUUAACGCGAGCCCUGGCAACCGGCAACAAUGCCACGUUGUCUUAGCCCGAAAGGUGUCUAUCGAUUUUGUCGUCAUGCCAAUGUACAGCUGGGCAAAUGGGCAAGUGUUGCACGAAGAUGGGGAAAAUCGUUAUGACCGAAGGCAGGCGACGGUUGGCUCGACUGGAUCCCGGUCGGAAUGGCAUCAAUCCACCGGAUUCACGGCACCGGUCGCGGCAGCAACAUCUUUCCUGCCAGCAGCAUUUCAGCCUCCAUCGCGCAAUCCCUUUGCCCCAUGCUCUCUUCGUCUCUUUCUUAUUUCCCUUCUUUGGCCAUUUCUUGUCUCACCCACCGCGUCACUCUCCAUUUGUCCGUUUGUCCGUUUGUCCUCUUUUCUCCAGCCUCACGACCACCCAUUUCAAAUGGAGCACAAGACCAGUGCGACAAUGUACAUUUCGCCUGGCCGCACAUCUCUGCUCCGGCCCGUCCGCUCACUCAGCCAGUCAGCGCGUCAAGCGAUUACUCUCGUCCCACCAAUACACCCACACACAUACACACCAGCUCGACAAACAGUCAAGUCGGAAGAGUCAAGGAGUUGGAUGUGUGUGUGUGUGUGUAUUCAUUCAUGUGGGUGUGAGAGAGAGAGAUAG